AUGGCGCCACCUUCGGUUCUGAUGGUAGGUACUGGCGAGUACACCACCGGCUUUGUAGCAGGCGCUGCUUCAACGUCAGACAAGAAAGUCGGGGUUGUUGGCUUAACCCUCUUCGAUCUCCGCCGUCGCAGGAAGGUAUCGAACCUGUCCAUGGCAGGCGUCUCCGGCCAGAAAUUCCCAGCAAUCAGGCAACAUCUUCAAAAGAACAUCUCCGAGGCCUACAACGGCCUCGAUGUUUCUUUCAAGUCAUACCCCUCCGACGACCGAACCGACCCAGAAGCAUACAAAACUGCCAUCGAUGCCCUCCCUAGAGGCUCUGCGGUCACAAUCUUUACCCCGGACUCGACACACUAUGACAUCGCAAAAUACGCUAUUGCACGAGGAAACCAUGUGCUCCUGACCAAGCCAACGACCAAGCUGCUCUCCCACCAUCUCGAUCUCCUCGCCUUAGCCCAAGAACACAAGGUUUUCGUGUACAUUGAACACCACAAGCGCUACGACCCCGCGUAUGCCGACGCGAAAUUCAAGUCUCGUAACCUCGGCGACUUCAACUACUUCUACAGCUACAUGUCGCAACCGAAAUCCCAGCUCGAGACGUUCAAAGCCUGGGCAGGCAAGGAGUCCGACAUCUCGUACUACUUGAACUCGCAUCACGUGGAUAUCUGCGAAUGGAUGGUGCGGGACGCAGGCUGGCGACCUUCCACGGUUCGCGCAAGCGCGAGCGUAGGCAUUUCUGAAUCCGUCGGCUGCGUCGAGGGCACCGAGGACACCAUCACACUCCUGGUCGACUGGACGCGGAGCACCGACAACAAGCGCGCCACCGGCAUCUACACCGCCAGCUGGACGGCGCCGAUGAACGCGGGCGUCCACUCGCAGCAGCAUUUCCACUACAUCGCGUCCCGAGGCGAGGUGAAUGUGAACCAAGCCAAGCGCGGUUAUGACGUGGUCGAUGAGUCCGAUCAUUCGGGAAGUUCGCUGAAAUGGUGUAAUCCGUUCUACAUGCGCUAUGCGCCGGACGAGGAAGGCAACUUCAACGGCCAGGGCGGUUAUGGGUACGUGAGUUUUGAAAAGUUCAUCGAUGGUGUCACGGCGGUGAACGAGGGCAGAGUCACUGUCGAGGAGUUAGAUAGGAGAGGACUGCCCACCUUGAGGAAUACGAUUCUCACGACAGCCAUCUUGGAGGCUGGUAGGAGGAGUCUAGAUGAAGGGGGGAGAUUGGUGCAGAUUGUGGGCCAGGGGGAUAAAGUCGAAUUGGAGUAG